AUGAGGGCAGAAGGGCAGGGACCAGAGAGCUGGGGUUUCCCGGGGGAGGAGCCGCAUAGCCGAGCCACCCACCAGCUGCCGGGCAGCGUCACGGAGACCAGACCCAGCACCAAGACGCACGGUGGGCGGUCAGUUAGGAGCUGCGCGCAGAACGGGCCACCCUGCGGUCUCCUCCGGCUUCACCCAGGAUGGCCGCGUCCGUGA